AUGAAGCUCCUUAUUCUCACCUGUCUUGUGGCUCUUGCAGCUGCUAGGCCUAUGGUAGAAAAGACUUCAGAAAGUGAGGAACGUAUCACUGACAUCCCUGAGAAGCACCUCAAAAGGAGAGAGAACAGCCCAGUGAAGAAUGAACAUCGUGUUGAAAUCGACCGUUACCUUCUGCCUGAAAAUGAAAUGAUGAACCUUUACUAUCAGCCUUUUUAUUGGUCUGAAGAAAUGCGUAACCUCAAGCUGACCACUUUUCCAAAAGACAAGAGAAUGUCUGUCGUUAAAUCUAUUGUCUCAGACGAGGUGCUGCCUUCUUUUCAGCAGAAAUCCCUGUCUCUUUCUAAGCCAAAAGUCCUGUCUCGCCCUCAUCCACACAACCUGCCUUUCCAUUCUCUCAAAAUGGUGCCUAUCUCUCACAAACUGUUGACCAUUCCGAAGCAGGAGAUGCUGCCUGUUUCUGAGAGAGAGAGUCUACCUGCUCAUGAGAGAGAGAGUCUACCUGCUCAUGAGAGAGAGAGUCUACCUGCUCAUGAGAGAGAAAGUCUAUCUGCUCAUGAGAGAGAAAAUCUAUCUGCUCAUGAGAGAGAGAUUCUACUUGCUCUUCGGAGAGAGUUGCCACUUGUUCCUGAGAGAGAGAUUGUAGUAGCUCCUGAGAGAAUGGUUCUACCUGAACAAGAGAGAGAAAUUCUGGUUGAUCAUGAGAGAGAGGUUCUACCUGUUCGCAAGAGAGAGAUUCUGCCACUGUCUGAGAAAGAGAAGAUUCUACCUCUUUCCCAGCGGAUAGUGCUGCCUCUUUCCCAGAGAGAUAUUGUACCUUCUCAUCAGAGAGACACUAUUACCCGAAGAGAUAUUUUGCCUGUUGUUCAACGGGAAGUCAUGCCUGAAGUGGUGGCUCUUGAGGUCUAUCCAUUCCUUCAACCAGUGGCCAACUUUUAUUAUUCCACUGAGGUGAAUGAGGUAAAUUCAUUUAUCAUGUGCCACUACAACUAUGGUUGA